GCACUUCAAGAAGAAUUAUGCAAUUACAAAAUAAUCAUAAAAAAUAAGAGAAAAACAUGUUUAUCUUCAUGAUAAGCACAACAAAAUAAACGUACUGUAUGGUUACAUAACAUAGACAAACUUUUCAGUCGCUUUAAUUUUCAAAAAUAAUGUCAUCACUACAAUUAAAAAAUUUCGUAAAAUGUGGAACAAAAAUUGUUUGUGCUGGCGCUAAUUACAGAACCGCUCCUAAUUUCAAAGAAAAGCCUGCAGAUCCAGUAAUAUUUAUAAAACCUGUUUCGUCAUAUAUUCUGGAAGGAGAAAAAAUAUGCAUUCCAGAAGAUUUUAAGGUGAAUCAAGAAGUGGAAUUGGGCGUGGUUAUUGGGAAAAAAUGCAAAAACGUUUCGCAAUCAAACGUAAUGGAUGUUAUAGGGGGUUACUGCAUUGCUCAAGACUUGACUGCAACAAACUUUCUGGAAAAAGCACGAGGUCAAGGUCUCCCAUGGUGUAUGGGAAAAGGUUUCGACACAGCAUGUCCCGUGAGCACAUUUAUACCCAAAGAAAAGAUACCUGAUCCUCACCAGAUUGAAAUAUGGUGUAAAGUCAACGGACAAGAACGUCAACGCGGCAACACUAAAGAUUUUGUUUUCACUAUUCCGGAGUUAAUAUCGUACAUAACACAGUAUAUGACUUUAGAACCUUACGAUUUAAUUCUGACUGGUUCGCCACCGAACAUGGGCCCCAUUAAACCAAGCGAUUUUAUUGAAAGUGGAAUUGAGGGUAUCGAUGAGUCGUAUUUCGGUGUAAAAGUAUACGGUUAAAAAGAAAGCUUCUUUGCCGAUUAUACAUUUUGUCGGAAAUAAUAAAUAUCAUUAAAAAAAAAA